AAGACAUAGAUAUCCUCUCGUUUUGUUUUUCAAAAUCUCUGCAGACCAUUUGAACAGAAGCCAUGCAUCCUUCUCUUCCCAUCGUCUUUUUUAUCUUCUUCACAUGUCUCUUGCCAAACUCUCUCGCUGAGAUCCGAUUCUUGCAGAUUCGCUCCGAUAACCGGCCCGUAAUCCUAUUCGACGAAUUCGGAUUCACCCACCGCGGUCGCCUCGAACUGAACGUUUCCAGAAUCGCACUUCAUGGCCCCGACAACUUGGAGCUCACCCGACUCGGUUUCUUCCUCAGUACCCCCGAAUCAUGGUUGCAGAUUCUUCAGCAGAUUGAUGAUGGAGAGAUUAAUUGCGUUCUCCAGUCUGAUUACGCCAAGGUCGUCUACCUCUUCGAUCAUCUGCUCGGCAACUCUUCCUUCAAUACGCUUUAUACCGAGUCUGAUUCCGGUAAGUACAGUCUCAUUUUCGCUAAUUGUCUGCCUCAGCUCACGAUUUCCAUGGAUGUUCGGUCGGCGAUGUACAAUCUCGAUGGAAAUUCGGGGGAGACCCGAGACUAUCUCUCAGCGGGGAUGACCAUUUUACCUAGGGUUUAUUUUAUCCUCUCUCUCGUUUAUUUUGGCUUGGCUAGUGUCUGGAUUUUUGUGCUAUACAAGAAGUAUUUGGCAGCUUUUCGCAUUCAUUACUUCAUGCUUGCGGUGGUGAUUUUGAAAGCCCUGAAUUUGCUUUGUGAAGCUGAGGAUAAGUCAUAUAUUAAGCAAACUGGAAAUGCUCAUGGAUGGGAUGUUUUGUUUUACAUCUUCAGCUUCCUAAAGGGAGUCAUGCUGUUCACUGUGAUAGUGUUGAUUGGGACUGGUUGGUCAUUCCUGAAGCCAUACUUGCAUGACGGGGAGAAGAAGGUGUUGAUGAUUCUAAUACCACUACAAGUGCUAGCGAACAUUGCACAGGUUCUGAUUGAUGAAGCCACUCCAUAUGGAAUUGACUGGAUAACUUGGAAGGAAGUGUUCAUUCUUGUUGAUGUUAUCUGCUGUUGUGCAGUUCUCUUCCCUAUUGUUUGGUCAAUUAAGAAUCUCCGCGAGGCUGCCAGGGCGGAUGGGAAAGCCGCUGUGAAUUUGAUGAAAUUGACUCUCUUUAGACAUUACUACAUUGUGGUUAUAUCGUACAUCUACUUCACUCGUGUUGUGGUUUAUGCUUUGGAAACAAUCACCUCAUAUAGGUAUGUAUGGACUAGUGUGGUGGCAGGGGAAUUGGCUACACUUGCUUUCUAUGUGUUUACUGGGUACAAGUUCAAACCUGAGGCACAUAAUCCCUAUUUUGUAAUUGAUGAUGAUGAUCAGGAUGAUGCAUUGAAGCUUGAAGAUGAGUUUGAAUUGUGAAUCUAAUCAACCUCCAGGCAGGUUUUUGUCCAAUUAAACGAAUGUUGUCAUAAUGCUUCUGUGUUUGUUACUGGUCUGUGAUGAAACAUUUCCAUACCAUUCGGUUCAAAGUAUUUUAGAACCAAGAAAAUGCUAGGGAAAGAAAACUGGGAGGAAAAUCUAGAUUAGAAGAACAUGCAAAGGAAAAUUGAGGGA